AUUUUACAAAAUUAUAUAAUUUACAUGUGGGGCAGGUUCUUGAAUCCGGAUUUUUUAGUGAGUCCGAUCUUGGUUUAUGAAUUAUAUUGUCGACAUACAUAAUGACACUGGCUUAUCGGUGGACUGUCAACAUAAUUUAUCUCAUCUGUUUAUCAGUUCAAAAGUUGGAACAGGAAAAUAAACAAAGCGUAUAUAUAUCGGCUUUUUCUGGUUGCAUCUGAGAAAAAAGCCACCAUGAAGGUUGCAGUAAUUGGAGCAGGAGCCAGUGGAUUAACUGCUAUAAAGUGUUGUUUAGAUGAAGGAGUAGAACCAGUAUGCUUUGAAAGAACAGAUUAUAUAGGUGGAUUAUGGAGGUAUACAGACAAGGUCACUGAAGGUCAGUCAUGUGUGAUGAAGUCUACCAUUAUCAACACAAGUAAAGAAAUGAUGUGUUACAGUGACUUUCCCAUACCAGCAGACUAUCCUAUCUUUAUGCAUAAUACUUAUGUUCAGAAGUAUUUCAACCUUUAUGCUGAUAAAUUCAACCUACGGAAAUACAUACAAUUUGGAAAAGAGAUAUUAAGUAUAAACAAGCAACCUGAUUAUAAACACAAUGGUCAGUGGAAUAUCAAAGUGAAAGACAAUAAAACUGGUGAUGUGGAAGACACUGUGUUUGAUGCUGUUAUGGUAUGUACAGGCCAUCAUGCUGAAAAACAUGUUCCUGAAUUCCCAGGUUUAUCAGACUUCAAGGGAGAAGUGAUUCAUAGCCAUGACUACAGAAAUCCAGCAGGAUUUGAAGGAAAGAGAGUAGUUAUAAUUGGAAUAGGAAAUUCUGGAGGUGAUAUGUCUACAGAACUAAGCAGAGUAGCUUCACAGGUGUUUUUAAGUACUAGACGAGGAAGUUGGGUAUUGAAUAGGAUAGGAGACAAUGGUAUGCCAUUAGACAUGGCCAAUACUGAUAGGUUUAAACUGGCAAUAAAGAAUGCAUUACCACCUUCCGUCAUAACUAGUAUAGUGGAAGGUCGUCUAAAUGCCAGAUUUGAUCAUUCACUAUACAGUCUCAAACCUAAACAUCAUGUUUUCUCCCAACAUCCAAUGGUAAAUGAUGAAAUGCCAAACAGAUUGGCAUCAGGAACUUUGAGGAUAAAACCUGAUAUUAAAACAUUUACAGAAAAUGGAGUUAUAUUUGAUGAUGGCACCAAAGAAGAGAAUAUUGAUGUUGUUUUCUUAGCAACAGGAUAUAAAUUUGGCUUUCCUUUCUUAGACAAAUCUGUAUUAGAUGUCAAAGAGAAUCGUGUUGAACUCUACAAAUAUGUUUUCCCACCUAAAAUGGAGAGAAAAAAUACUCUGAGUGUUAUAGGAUGCAUACAACCUCUUGGGGCCAUUAUGCCUAUAUCUGAGUUACAGUGCAGGCUAUCUUUGCGUGUUUUUCAGAAAAAAGUCAAACUUCCCUGUAGUGACGAAAUGAUAUUGGACAUAAGAUCUAAAGAAUUGGCCAUGAAAGAGAGAUAUGUACAGACACAGAGACAUACCAUUCAGGUGGAUUAUAUCGACUAUAUGGAUGAACUGGCUACACUCAAUGGAUGUCUACCUGAUCUUCAAUCAGUAUUUUGGUCAGAUCCUAAAUUGGCCUUUACCUGCUUCUUUGGGCCUUGUACACCUUACCAGUACAGAUUGCAGGGACCAGGAAAAUGGAGCGGAGCUAGACAGGCAAUAAUGACACAAUGGGACAGAACAUUUGAUUCCCUGAAAACAAGACCAUUGGGAUUUACAGAAAAACCAUCACAGAAGAAAUUCUUUAUUUUUUACUUUGUUUUUGUGGUGCUAUUUUGUUAUUUGGUGCAUGUUAUAUUUCUGAGGUAAUGUUCUAUGACCAAAACUUUGACUCUGUUGACCAACACAAAGUUUCUAAAGAUUUUAAUGACAAAUGUCCUUUGACAACAUAGUAGAAAGCACUGCAUGUAGUUUUGUUUUCUAAAAGUUGGAUACUGAGAAUUUUCAAGUAUUGAAAUAUCUUUCGAUAUGAAUAAAAAAAAUGAAAAAAAUGAGACGAUAUAGAUAAAAAAACAAAUAACUGUUGAUGUCACAAAAUGUGAUUGGUUUUUUUUUCUGAAUAAAGAAAUAUAUGAGUUUUUUUCUUAUUGGUUGAUACAAUGAUUUUGUUUUUACAACCAAUAGUUAAAAAAUCAAAUGACAAGAUACAAUAUUAUACAGUGUUCUCCCCAGGACCCUUGAGCAUCACGGUUAUGUGAUGCUAUAUUUCUGAAUGUGAUGCUAUCUGAAUUGAUUUUCUCAUAGAUUUUAUUAUGGAUGUGAUGCUAUAAUUUUUAGAAACAAGAUGGUAUUUCAAAUUUUCUUGUUUACCAGGAUGCUAUAUGAAACAUCUGGGGAGAACACUGAUUAUAUACCUAAGAUAACAUUUGCUUUUUAAUCUUAAACUAUUUAUUAUUUUGUACUGCUUUAUGUUGAUGUAACAGGUGCUGAAUUGUAAUUGUUAUAAAAUACAGAAGAAGUAAAUGUAUAUAUUAGUGUGUAUGAAUUUUUAGUCAGGUCCUCCAUAUUUUAAUUUGCUGCCUAAAAUGUUUUAGAAGCUAUAUUCUGUCGAGCACAAUUAAACGCCAAAUAUUUCUUUAGCACUACAUAUCACUCCUGUUAUUGUUUGUAUUGUAUAAAAGGGACCAUGUAUGUAUUUGGACACAAAUAGUUGCAGACUGUCACAUUAUUACACUGAUUGCACAAGAUUAUUUUUAAGGGGAUUUUAAUCAACUAUUUACUGAUAUUAAUGUUUAAUUUGAUUAUUUUUUGUCUUCUAAAAGUAAAUGUUGUAGUGGCACAUGUUUAGCCCUCUAAGUUUUCUACUAUUGUUAAUGCUGUAUUGUUAAUGUUUUAUACUAAUCUCUAGUCAUUGUAGUAUUUAGUAAUUUGACCUUUUAACAAUUAUA